AAAAUAUCAUUUUAAUAUGCUCCUUUCGACAUCAAAACUUACAACAUCAAAAUUAUCCAGAUCAUAAAUAUCAAGUCCCCAAAGAUCAACGGUCAAUUAUCUAAGUUAAGACUUGGAUUCACCAUCAAGACAAAGAAUCAAGUUAUUAUCUGAUAAGUGGAAUCACAUUCAGAAUGGAAUUGAUAAAGAUAAAUUGGAAAAGAGAGAAGUACUAGAGGAGAGAAUUAAAAUUAUCGAGGAUGUCUUAUCAUAGGAAAAACCAAAGGAUGAGUAGAAAUUUAAGGUACUUAAAGAUUAAGUGCUAAAAUUGUAAGAUCAAGCACAUAAUUAAAAAUCUGAAAGAGAGGUAUAAAUAUCUAAGUAACUAUAGGCAUUUGAUGAUAAAAAGGAGAAAGAUUUUAGAAUUUUAUCUGACAAUGUUGCUCUUUCGUUUGAGUAAGAAAAGAAUGCUAGAGGAUAAGCAGAAACCAAGUUGUAAAAGCAAAUUGAUGAAAGAUUUGCGUAAAUUACCUUAACAAUCACCAGAAACACACAUCAAUAUGAAGAUAGAAGUCAAGCAAAAAUUGCAGAGGUCUUGUAAUAAAUUCAGGUAGUAAAAAAUCAAUUAGACCAAGAGAGACAAUCAAGGUAUGUUAUUUGUAUAUCAAUACAUUAGAGAAGAAUCAGCAGAAUCCUUGUCUGAAUAGAUCGACUCAGAGAUUAAUAAGUUUUCAGAUUAAUUAUUAAUUGAAAAGAAGGUUAGAGAAGAAACACAGGGAAAGAUAUUUAGAAUGAUUGAAGAUGUUCAUGGCAAAUUGCAACAAGAUAUCAAUUUUGAAAGAAGAGAGAGAGAAGCUACAACCGAAGCCUUGCUAAAAUUAUUGGAAGAUGCAUGCAUCAAAAUAGAUAAAAAUUUUAGAUCAUUUUGAUUUAUUAUUAAUAAUAU